GGCCACUAGUGUCGGAAAUGAAAAUGGGUAGGCGGUCGAAAGGGAUCGCGUUUUGCGUUCUCUGCAUCUCGCUUUGUUUACGGAUAGUUCAGGGUUAUAAAGAAUCUGAAACCAUGCGAACUCUUAAGCUGGAGCAGGGAGAUUCUCAUGAGGUGCAUUGUUCAAGAGAAAGGAGCCAGGCAGCAUGGAAGAUAAUUGAGGAGUAUCUAAAGCCCUUUGUGGAGAAGGAACGAUAUCAGAUUUCAAGAAGGUGUAGGCUUCACCCAGACAACGACCUUUACAGAGAUCAGGAACAGCACAAGAUCCACGUUGAUUUAAAUGAAUGGCAAUGUGGAUACUGUAGGAAAAGGUUUUAUACGGAGAAAUACCUUGAUCGGCAUUUUGACAAUAGGCACUAUGACUUGCUGAAUACGAGUCACAGCAGGUGCUUGGCAGAUGUAUGUGGUGCAUUGCAUUGUGACCUUGUGAUGGAUUCCAUGCCUCGCAAAACUAAGUGCAAUCCUGCUGCUGCUGCAAGGAAUCAUCAUCUGUGUGAGAGUCUUGCUGAUAGUUGUUUUCCAGUCAAUCAGGGUCCCUCAGCAAGCCAUCUUCACGAAUUUUUCUUGCGACAAUUCUGUGAUGCUCACGCUUGCACUGGAGGUCAGAAACCCUUCUCUAGAGGGCACAGGAAGACUAGGAGUAUAUUCUACCUCUCUAUUUCCAUUUUGACUCUGGUGCUGUUGCCGCUUUUCUAUAUCUUCAUUUAUAUGCACCAGAGGGGAAUAAAAGGGGGGACAGUAGAGCUGAAGCGCAUCUCAAAAAGUGUGAGAAAGAAAAAGCCCUCUUAGUUGGUGAAGUUUUCUGUACGAGGGCCAUGAAUGGCAAUCGAUUCUUUUUCUAUUGAUGGUUUAGACUCUAGAGAGAGAGAGAUUGCUUAGUCCAAGGGUCUCUAAUAUUAGGCAUAGUUUAGAUACAGAAACGGUCUGGUCUCAUCUCAUCUUAUUAUUAUA